CCACCGUAGUUAGAGUUCGUAGUCCGCAUCCCUGCUGACAAAGAAGUUGACAGGGGAACGCGCAACGGCGGAUCGUAUCUAGCUAGCUGUCGAAAUGCCGCUAGAAAACCUAGAAGAAGAGGGCUUGCCCAAAAAUCCGGAUUUAAGGAUAGCGCAACUGAAAUUUCUUCUUACGCUAGACGACCAGAAGCAAGAUGAGAAAGUUGUAUCGGAACUCAUGGAGGCCAUUAAGGCGAAUAACAUGGCUCCUUACUACGAGUCUCUGUGCAAGGAGCUGAAAUGGCAAGUGGACGCGGAGCUGAUCGGCAAGAUGAAGAAGGAAAACGAGGAGGUGCUGAAGCGCCUGGACGACGUUCUGGAAGAUGCCGAGAAGAACCUGGGCGAGAGUGAAAUUAGAGAUGCCAUGAUGGCCAAAGCCGAGUACCUGAUCCGAAUCGGGGAUAAGGAAGGGGCAUUGACCGCGUUCAGGAAAACCUUUGACAAGACCGUGGCCCUGGGACACCGGCUGGAUAUUGUAUUCUAUCUGUUGAGGAUAGGUUUGUUUUACAUGGACAAUGAUCUCAUAACGCGCAACACUGAGAAAGCAAAGAGCCUCAUCGAAGAAGGGGGUGACUGGGACAGAAGGAAUCGGCUGAAGGUGUACCAGGGGCUCUACUGCGUCGCCAUCAGGGACUUCAAGCAGGCAGCAGAGCUGUUCCUGGACACAGUGUCCACCUUCACGUCGUAUGAGCUCAUGGACUACAAGACGUUCGUCACGUACACAGUGUAUGUGAGCAUGAUCGCGCUGAAGCGGCCCGACCUCAGGGAAAAGGUGAUAAAAGGCUCAGAGAUUCUGGAAGUCCUGCAUGGAUUGCCCGCUGUCCGCCAAUACCUGUUUUCACUGUACGAGUGUCGCUACUCCGUGUUCUUCCAGUCACUGGCUAUGGUGGAGCAGGAGAUGAAGAAGGACUGGCUGUUUGCGUCUCACUACCGUUACUAUGUGAGGGAGAUGCGGAUCCUGGCGUACAGCCAGCUGCUGGAGUCCUACCGCUCGCUCACCCUCGGCUACAUGGCGGAGGCCUUUGGCGUCAGCACAGAGUUCAUCGACCAGGAAUUAUCACGAUUCAUCGCUGCAGGCCGGCUCCACUGCAAAAUCGAUAAAGUGAACGAAAUCGUGGAAACGAACAGGCCUGACAGUAAGAACUGGCAGUACCAAGAGACCAUAAAAAAGGGAGACCUGCUGCUGAACAGAGUCCAGAAGCUUUCCAGAGUCAUUAACAUGUAGUUCAUGCGUUACAGGGGAACCCUUUAAGUCUGGUGUAAUGGUUACUUUUGUCAAGCUGAUGUUGUACGAGAACAACUCAAACAGAACCGUUUUGCUUUUGUGUAUAUAUUAAAUUUUCAGUCAAACUUCA